GCGGGCAGGGCGCCGGUGGAGGGCGGGGGGUACGAACGGGAACCUCGGCGGUGCCGGGGGGAUGCUCGGGGCUGCCCUCAGGGCAGGUGCGUUGUGCAACGGGGGAUGAGCAGCAAAGCACGAGGCAAAGGCGUUGGCUGGAGGCUGGAAAAGGCACUCGGGACUCCAGGGAGCCUCCAGGGGCUGGGAUGGGAAUCCAGCCAGGAAUGAGCUGAUCGGGACCAUCCUGUGCUUCCAAGUGGUUUUUCCACCUUAAUUUUCCCUUUAUUAUGAGCUGCUCUUCACGGUUCCUGUUCUAGAUCUGUGUUUUUCCUGGCAAUGGAGGUGCCCUUUGUGCUUCUCCUAACCAGGCUUGUGGCAGAAGUUGCCGGAAAAUCCACGGAAAAUUCGGUGCCAGACCCGGAAUGUUGUGUGGAAACGUUGGACUCCAACAGCUCCUGCCCGGUCACGCAGCAGUGCAGCCCAGGCUGCUACCGGCGCUGGGCCGAGGACGGGAGCAGCAGCUGCGUCCGCUGCCGCAACGGGAGCGACCUCGGCAACUGCAGCGCCUCUGGGAACCGAGGGAUGAGCCCCGAGAGGAACGGGAGCGCGGCCACGGCCCUCGGCCACAGCUUCGGGGGCCCAGAAGUCGCCGCUUCCCUGAUUUUGGGGACGUUUUUCCUCAGUUUAUUCCUCAUCCUCUCGGUGGCUUCGUUUUUCUACCUCAAACGAACCAACAAACUCCCAAAGGUUUUCUACAGGAGGAACAAAGCAUCUGUUCUCCAGCCCAGUGAAACUGCAUCCAUGAUCCCUCCUCCAACUUCUUCAGUGCGGAAGCCGCGCUAUGAGCGCCGCGAGCGCUCCGGCCCCGCCGACAGCCGCGUCAGCCACGUCUGAGCCCUGAAUCCCGGGAAUCCUGGGAAUCCUGGGAACCCCGGGAAGCCGCCGCUCCCUCGGGAAGCCGAAGGGUUUGGGCCAAACCCACCCGGGGACUCCAGAGGCUCCUGGUCCCGCUCCGGAGGAUGGGACAGAAUUCCUGAGGAACUGGGCGGAUCUUUCCUCUUCUCGAAGAAUUCCUGAGGAGUUUCCAGGACUGGAGAGGAGAAUCCUUAAGGAAUCUUGGUGCCUUUUCCUGUGUGGGGAGGAUCUUUAAGGAACUGGGGAGAAUCCUUGGGGAAUUUGGGGAGAAUCCUUGGGGAAUUUUGGGACAAUCCUUAAGGAAUUUCAAAGACUUGUGAGGAGAAUCCUUAGGGAAUUUGGAGGAAUUUCCCUGUGUGGGGAGAAUCCUUAAAGAAUUUGGGGAGGAUCCUUUGGGAAUUUGGGGAGAAUCCUUGGGGCAUUUGGGGUCUUUGUUUGGGGAGAAUCCUUCUGGAAUUUGAGGAGGAUCCUUUGGGAAUUUGGGAGAAAUCCUUGGGGGAUUCAGGGCCUUUCCCUGGGAUGUGACCCCAGGAGGAGCCGGCAGCGCUGCAGGCCCUGAAAUCCUGGGAUUCCUGGGAUCCAUCCCGGGAUGGAGACUUGGCCGAGGGAUCCCUCAAGCGCCGCUGCUUCCACCUGGGACAGUGAUGGAUGGAUUGAUUGAUUGAUUGAUUGAUUGAUGAUGCUGAUUGAUUAUGAAUAAUUAAUUAUGGAUUAUGCCAAUAAUUGGGAUGCAGAAUCCUUCGGAAGCGAAUCCCGGCCCGUCCUCAGCUCCCAGUUCCACCUGGGGGCGUUUCCCGAUCUUGGUGCUCAGUCCAGGCCUGAUCCCAAACCUGGGAAUGUUUUUUGGGAAUUUUUCCAGCUGAAUCCUUGGAUAAAGUGUUCUCCAAGGAUUAUCCCUGCUGCCUGCAUUCCGUGUGGAAAGGAGACAAUUCCUGCAUUGGAGCAGCCAGGGAUUUUUGGGAUGAGCCAGAGGCGUUGGGGCAACUCCUGCUGGUGGAAAAAUGGGAUUUGGUUUUGGGAAAUCCCUGGAAUUGGCAGGGCAUUCCCAACUUCCAGAGGCAUUCCCGACUUCCAGAGGCAUUCCUGAAUUCCAAGCACCAGCCUCCACAUCUCCCAUGGAUCUUCUUCCUGCCUGAGGAAUUUUGGGAAGAUGAAAUAACUGGAAAAGGAGGUUUUUUUCCUCCUCCUCCAACUUUUCCAUCCAAGCCUGAGGAUCCUAAAUCCAUGGAAAAGUCACCGUCAGCCCCUGGAAUUCCCACUUGGAGCAUUCCCAGCUCCUCGUGCUGCUCCCAAAGGAAUUCCUUGGGAUGCCCAACAUUCCCUGGCAGCGAUGGCCGUGGGGCCGUUGGUUCUCCCUUUUCCCAAAGGUUUUUUUUGGGGGGAAAAUGAGAACAAAACUCUUGGAUCUGCCUCCCCCACGGAGAAUCCCCGUUCCCUGGGGUUCAGACUUCCCAAGAGGAGAAUUUGGGAUGGGAAGAAAUCCAUUUAUCCCAUGGAAUAAUCCCGUUUUUCUGGGAAUUUCGGGGCAACUGGAUUCACUUUGAUCUCCUGAAAAAAUGAGAUUUUUGUGGAGUUUUCAGGGAAAAAACCCAAAUCACGUGCCAAAAAACCCCUGGAAUUCCAGCUUUUUCCUCUUUAUUAUGAUAAAGAAACCGGUUUUCCUUCUGGCCAAGGAAUUCCAGCUGGAACCUUUCCCAUGUUUUGGAGGAUUUGGGAAAUUCCAACUUGGAAUUUGGAUCAUUUCCAUUUUUUUGUGCUGCUGAGAUUUUGAUUUUUUUCUUCCUUUCGAGAGCAGAAAUCCUGUCUAGAGCUUUUCUCCUGGAAUUUCUCCUGGAAUUUCUCCUGGAAUUUCUCCUGGAAUUUCUCCGAAUUCCUGAGGAUUUUUUGAAUUCCAAAGAGGAAAAAAAAAAAAGGAGGAACUAUGCAAAUAAUUCCAAGGAAUUGCACCUCUGGAGCUGGGAAUUUCUUGGUGUUAAUUCCUGUCCUGCUUAAUCACUAACAUUUAAUUUAUGGAAGGAUCAGCUCCUUCUUCCGUCCCUUCUCGUCUGGGAUUUGGUUCCGUUGUAUAAAACCAGAAUUUUGACAUUAAAAACCGGAUUUGUGGCAUUAAAAACGGAAAACUUGGAUUUCUGGAAUUAAAAGUCUAAAAAUCAGAUUCUGUGUCGAGUUAAAAUUGAGUUUUUUCUCUGUG